GACAGGAAACAAAGGAGGGGGGUUUUCUUUUCCUUGCUGAAGAAUACUACUCCCCGUACUCCUCGCCGCUCCGACCCGCCGCCGCCGUCGCCGUCGCCUCCUCGCUCUUGACGGCGAGCAGUCGCGUCCCAGCGGCGUGCGAGGGAGGGAGGGCGAGCUCCGGGCAUGGCGUGGGCGGCGCUGAGGCCGGUGGUGAAGGCCUGCAUCGGCGGCUCCCUCAUCGGCCUCACCAUCUCCGACCGCUACUUCUCGUUCGCGGCCGUCCACGGCGACUCCAUGCGCCCCACCUUUGAGGGCAGCGCAGAUGGACGCGAGUACGCGCUGGUGAAGCGGAGUCCCCUCUACGACUACUCCCGCGGCGAGGUCGUCGUCUUGGCGUCGCCGGUGGACCACCAGAGGAAGACGAUCAAGAGGCUGAUUGGGCUGCCCGGCGACUGGGUCAGCCUCCCCGACAAGGAGGAGGUCCGGAAGAUACCGGAGGGCCACUGCUGGGUCGAAGGGGACAACGGCGGCGUCAGCCGGGACUCGAGAGCCUACGGCCCUGUGCCGCUUGGUCUGGUGCAGGGGAGGGUGACGCACGUGGUGUGGCCGCCUAGCAAGAUGGGCCGCGUCGACAAGAGGGUGCCGUCGGAAGGAAGGGGAAGGGUCAUGCCACAGCGCAAUCUCUAGCCUCCCUUGGCGGCCGCUUUGUCCCGCAGUUUUGUUCGUCCUCACAGAAGAUUGAUUCAUCAUGUAAUAACAAAUGUAACAUGAACAGACAUUGCGCGUUCCAGAUGUAGCAGAGCAAUAGAGACUUUCUUCUGUAACAUUACCUAUCGGCUGUAUAAGGGAAGGGCAAGCAGAAGCUUUGGUAGGAGGAGCCUGCUAGGCUAGGCAGUAGCUGCAGGCAAAUUUUGGGUGGAUGGUGAUGAUGCAUUGACGUGUAUAAUGUAUACUCCCUCCGUUCCUAAAUAUUUGUCCUUCUAGACAUUUCAAAUGACUACUAUAUAUAUAUGUUGCCAAAAUCCUCUUGAAUUUGAAACUUCGGCUGGAUUUGGUACGUCCAUAUA